AGGAACACUCAGUUCUCCACCUUCAGUCAUGGUUCUACAAAGCCCUUCAGUGACAGACAGACUGAAGUGAUUGAACGGCUGACGGCAGAGGAAAUGAGGAAUUGGACAUGGGUCCCAGAGUUUGUCCUUGAGGGCUUCCCUGUGGCUGAGCACCUGAGGAUCCUCUUCUUCCUGGUGCACUUACUGGCCUACUUGGCUUCCCUCAUGGGAAACACGCUCAUAAUUAGCAUCACCUGUGCGGACCACCGAUUGCAGACGCCCAUGUACUUCUUCCUCAGCACUUACUCCUUUGUGGAGUGCUGCUUUAUAACUACAGUUAUCCCCCAGCUGCUCAUCAUCUUUCUGUCAGGGAGGCAAACCAUCUCCUUUGUGGCUUGCUUCACACAGGCUCUUGUGGUUUUUGUCCUGGGGGCAACUGUUUUUUUCCUCCUGGCUGUCUUAUCUCUGGAUCGCUAUCUGGCCAUCUGCAAACCUCUACACUAUUCAACCAUCAUGAACCCAAGGAUGUGCUUUCUUCUUGUUACUGUCUGCUUAGUUUUGGGGUUCCUCUUCAUGGCUGGUCCAGUUGUGAUGCUUUCCCAGUCAUCCUACUGUGGCCCCAAUGUUAUUCCUCACUUUUUCUGUGAUUUUGGGCCACUGGCAAAUCUCUCCUGUUCAGAUACCAUGUCUGUUGAGAUGCUGUUUUUUAACCUCGCUUUAAUUGUGCUUUUUGCUUCCCUUCUGGUAGCCAUCUUUGCAUACAGCAACAUAGUGGUCACAAUAGUGCGUCUCCCUUCGGCCAGGGAGAGACAGAGAGCUUUUUCCACCUGUUCCUCUCAUCUCAUUGUCCUCUCUCUAAUGUAUGGAAGCUGUGUAUUUAUAUACAUGAAGCCAAAGCAGACAAGCAGGCUGGACACCAACCGAGUGGCUGCUCUUGUGAACACGGUAGUGACACCCCUUCUGAACCCUGUCAUCUACACCCUGAGAAACAAGCAGGUCCACCAGGCUCUGAGGGAUGCACUGUACAGGGUUCAAUUACCCAGAUAUCACAGGAGCAAUGCACCUUCCCUUUGACUUAGUCUAACAUCAUUUUAAUUUUAUUUAAAUGUUCUAUAUAAAUCAUCAUGUAUGUUAUCAAAUCCUGCUUGUUUGUUACUACAACAAUGGUUGAUGUAUCCAGUAAUUCCAUCUGAAGGUAUUAAUAAUCUUGUUAUGAAAAAAAAUCUUUCUAUAUCUGCUUUGGUGUCAGUGAAGACCAAAGCCUCAUAUAUAUUACAUGCAUAUUACAGUUUCUACAAAGUGUCUGCAAUUAUCCAUGCAUUUAUCUGAUGUGUGGCUUUUGUCUGAUUUCAGGUAUCCUCUUUUAGUGAUGGAGGAACAAAGAGAGACUGGGGCUUGAGUUAGGAAUGUAGAAUCAAACUAAUGAGUACCAAGUAUUUAAAAUUUAUUAGCAGAUUUAUGUUAUCAUCAUUCCAACAUUUACAUGACACAUAAAGAAUAACUGUCAUGAUAUUCAUAAUAAAUUACCUUACACCAUGUACUAUAAUUAUUUCCCCUGAAGAAUAUUUGCAUAUAAUCAGACAUCAUUACUUACUCCUCUAGUUUUCACUAAUUGUAAAGCAUUGAAAUUAAAAGUUCCCAUUGCUGUGACUCAUUUACCAGGUUGCAUUCACUCUUAACCCCUAAAUGCAAGAACCAACAAAAAACUAGAGGAAUUAUGUAUUGUUAAGCAGACUAGAGUUGUAUGUUGGUGUCCAUGCCGAUGAAAUUCAAAUAAUUCAGGAGAAAUUUCCUCAGAUGUGAAAGAAAUCUAACUGUAAUGUUAGAGGAUAAUACUGCUUUUUGAAAUCAAUUUAUGGACAAGGUCAGGCAUCCAUGUUAGCACUAAGACAAAAUGAAUCUAUUGAUCAAUCAUGUGUCAUAAGACAAGCUGAAUAGAAAACAAGAAGGAAAAAACCUUUGUCCUGCUUAGUUUUUUCUGUCAAUUUGACCUGACCCUCAGUUGAGGAAUGGCUGCCAUCAGAUGGCCUGUGUGUAAGACUGCAGAGCAUUUUCUUAAUUGUUGAUUGACAUGGGAGGGUUCAGAACACAUGUACAGUGCUAUUCUCUUCCCCUGCCAGGUGGGCCCUGGCUGUCUGGGAAAUGCAGUUGACUGUGACCAUAGGAGUAAGCCAGCAAGCAACAGCCUUUUGACAUUCCCAUUUCAAGCUCCUGCCUUGGGUUCUUUCCCUGUCUUUUCUUAAUGAAUUGUAACUUGGAAGUCAAAUAAACCCUUUUC